CUCUCUCUCUCUCUCUCCUUUUCUUGCUUUCUUCUCCUCGGCUGGCCCUUUGUCACCCGAGACGCUCGCACAGAUGCACCUGGCAGACUCGCGCCCCGCCUCCCGCGGCGGCCCGCGGCCCCCGGGGGACGAUGUCUUUUCCUGCUCCUCCAGCGAGGAGGACGAUGCCGGGCUCCAGCCCCCGGAGGGGGACGCGCCGGAGGGGCUGGCCGCGGCGGCGCAGCUGCUGGCCACGGCGGCCGGGGGGUCGGCCGAGGCGGAGCUGAUCCUGCGCGGGAUGUUGGGCUUUUGCUUUGCGCCGGCGGCCGUGGAGGCGUCCGACGCGCCGGCCGGCCGCCGGGCGCCCAGCUUCUCGGUCGAGUCGCCGGUGUCGCACUCGUACCAGGCCCCUGCCGGGGCGGGGGCGUGGCCGCAUGCCGGCGAAGCGGCCAGCCCCAUGUCGGAUGCGUCCUCCUCCUUGGAGAGCCUCUCGGCGCAGGGGUCCCUCGAUGCGUAUGCCCUGCUCCCCGGGGGGCAGGUGCUGCUGGGGGGCCAUGGCAGCGGCGGCCCCGGGGCCGGGGAUGGCGACCUCGAUGGGAGGGGCCUGCUGGUGGAUGUGCCGGUGCCGAUCGUCGGGCCCGGCAGCCGGGAGCCGCACCAGAGUGCCUUUGCGCGGGUGUCCAUCUCGGACCCCUCGACCGACGGGUUCACGCAGUACUCGGUCACGACACAGACCAAUGUCUGGAGUCCGGGCACGCGGACGGUCCGGCGGCGGUACAACGACUUUUCGCUGUUCUACGAGUUCCUACUGCGGGAAUACGGCCGGCGGGUGCCGAUCAUCGGCAUCCCGCCGGGGAGGGUCUUUCAGCGCUUCGAGCCGGAGUUCAUCAACAACCGCAUGAAGAACCUGACGCUCUUUUGCAAUUGGGUCGUCCAGCACCCUCUGCUGCGGAACUCCCCGGAGGUGCAGGACUUCUUCACGGCCGAGCAGUGGGCCGUGGUCAUGCCGAGCCCAUUGCUGUAGGGCCGAAUAGACUGUCGGCCUGUGUGUCCA